UCGUCACACACUAAAAAACAAAACCAAAACAACAACAACAACAACAAGAUCAACAUUCGAAAAAAACAUUUUCUCAUAGUCAUUCGUCAUCAAUACCAUACAACAAAUCAUAAUCAUAAUUACAGAGCUCUUUUUUUUCUCCUUUUUUCGACAUAAAAAAAUAAUAAUCAUUAAAUCAUUUUAUUAAUCAUCAUCAUAUUACAUUAAACAGGAAAAUUAAUUGAGCUACAUCAUCAUCAUCAUUCGACAACAAACAUCAUCAAUUAAUAAUAUACAGAGAAGAAAAAAAAAGAUACAUCCUUCUCAUCAUUUAAUACAUACAAUAAUUGAUGUCAUUAUCAAUGAAAGAACGAAAGUAAGAUAGAGAGAGAGAAAGAAAAAAAAAUCAUCCGAUCCAGAAAUUUGUUAUAAAAUACAUUGAUACAAACACGAUCAAAUGUGAAUAUCCAUAAAUGGAUCAUCAUUUUUUUUUAAAUUAUGAUCUCAGAACGGUUUGUGGUUCGGUUUUUUUUUCUUUGAUCUUUUGACAAAAAAAAUUUUUUUUUUUUAUACGACGAUGAAUUUUCUUUUCUUUUUUUUCUGGAUGAUAUUUAUAAGAUCAUGAUCAUAUAAUUUAUAUGUUUGAAUUUGAUUGUGAUAUUGUCAUCAUAGCCAUCGCGAUCAUCAUCAUCAUCAUCACAGAGAAAACAAAGAAAAAACGACAUAACUCUACCUGAUUGAUUUGAAUUCGAACAUCGAAUUGUGUGUUUGUGUGUGUGUGAACGAAUAAACAAAAAUGACGGCCAUUCGUUUACGAUUUGCCAUCGCAAUACUUGGCUCAUAUGCAUGUUCAUUAGUUUAUAUGCAUCGUUCCGGUAUUAGUGUGGCUGUUGUUGCAAUGACCAAAAAACCUGAAAAUCAUAUUAUAUCAUCAUUAUCGUUUGCCAAUUCAACCGAACAAAAUUUAAAACCCGAAUUUGAAUGGAGUGAAACAUUACAGGGUGUAAUACUUGGUGCACAAUUUUAUCUAUAUAUUUUUGUACCAACAUUAGCUGGUAGAGCUACCGAUGCUAUUGGCGGUAAAUGGAUUGCAUUCUUUGGUGCACUCGGCCCCUUUAUACUAGCUAUGCUUACACCUGUGAUGACCGAAUUAGGUGGUGCAUGGGCAUUAAUCAUUAAUCGUAUUCUAGUCGGUGGUUUUCAUGGUGUUACAUAUGCAGCAAUGUUUUCAUUGUAUGUUAAAUGGUUUCCCAUACAAGAAUUAUCAACGGCUAAUUCUGGUCUAAUAUUUGGUGGUUCAAUUGGUUCAACGAUUAUGUCGGCAUUAGCUGGUUAUAUUGCACAAUAUUGGUCAUGGCAAGCUGUUUUCUAUGUCAUUGCAUUGUUUCAUUUACCAUUUUUAAUUUUAUGGUUUAUAUUUUCGACAAAUGAACCGAAUACCAAUCGUUUUCUAUCGAAUGAAGAACGUGUUUAUAUUCAACAAAAUGUUCAAGAAAAAGUUAUUUCGAAAAAAAUCAAAGCACCAUGGUUAAAAAUGAUAUUUUCUGUACCGGUUAUCUGUUCAUUAAUAACGAAAAUGUGUUCCGGUUUUGGUUAUUUCCUGAUGAUCACCAAAAUGCCAGCAUAUCUUGAAAAUGUAUUUAGUAUUGAAUUAUUUAAAAAUGGUUGGGUUUAUGCUGGCACAAAUCUGGCCAAUGGUUUGGCCAGUUUAUUAGCACCAACUAUAGCAAAUUUAUUGAUUAACCGUCUUAAAAUACGACGAUUGAUUGUAAGAAAAAUAUUUCAAUCAAUUGCAUUAUUUGGACCGGCACUUUGUCUGGGAUUGAUACCGGCAUUUGGUACACAACCGAAUCCAGUGAUUGCAAUGCUUAUAAUGGCAAUGAUGUUAUAUGGAUUUUUUAGUGCCGGUGAAUGGACAAUAAUAUCGGAAUAUGCACCAAAUUUUGCCGGUACCGUAUUUGGUAUGGCAAAUAUUUUAGCAUUUGCUAUGGGUGUUGUUGCACCAUAUAUUGUUGGCGUACUGUUGGAUGAUAAAAAUUCUGGCGGUGAUAGACAACAAUGGAAUAAAGUAUUUUACAUAUCGGUCAUUAUUUAUGUAAUCGGUGGACUUACAUUUUUAAUAUUCGCUACUGAUCAACAACAAUCAUGGGAUCGUGAUGCAAUAGUAGCCGUUAUGGAUGAUUAUGAUGAAGAAAAAUCCAGAAUACGUCAUCAUAAUGAUAAACAAAAUAAAUUCAGUAUUCAUAAUAAUAACAGUGAUGAUCUUGAAGAUAAAACAUCAACAUCGACAACA